AGAACGUUUCCUCCUCCUAAAUGCAGCUUAAAUUGUUUUGUACAUUUCUUGUUUUAAGCUUGGCAAAAUUCGGAGCGGUUCAUACAAACUCCAAUGAUACGGAAGCAAAAUCAUGUGUAAGAUGUGAUAAAAAUUGUAACGAUGACGACGAUCUCUCGCUCUGCAUUCGGAUUUGUUGCCCUCGUAAAAAUAUGAUGGCCAAUGGCGGCUGUAAUUUUGAGGAGCAACUUUUCCGAACAAAACUUAAUUUAAGCAUAAAACUCGAUGACAAUUCAACAGAGGCCCUAUAUUUCAACAACCAAACCCUGCUUACAACGCCGUUUUGGGAUAUAGAUGAAAUGAUCGGUCUGAGCAGAGAUGAGUACACGUUGUACAAGAACGGAACCAUAUAUAUUCACUCCGACAAGAGGCUCAAGUCCAAAGAGGAAUACUGUUUCUAUCCCCAUCAGAUUUAUUCGGACUUCCCAGAAACCAUAUGGAUUCUUUUACACGAGUGGUCAUUAUUAAAGAUACCAGGAACUUAUGAGCUCACAUCAGUUUCGCUUAUAUGCUAUAUCAUCCCAAUGGGCAUUUAUCUUUUAGUAAAAAAACUACGAAAUGUCUUUGGAAAGUGUCUGGUGAGUUGCAUAUUCUGCAUCUUUCUUACCUACCUUAUCUGGCUUAUAGAUGAGUUAAGAUUGAUGGAUGACUUCUGCUCACUUUCAGGUUAUAUCUCGUACUUCUUUGAUUUUGCCACUUAUCUUUGGCUCUGUGUAAUUAGCUUUUGUUUAUGGAAGAAAAUCACAUCGGUCGAUCACCAAGAACAUCGCCAUCAGUUCCUGUUUUACAGUAUCUUUGUCUGGGGAAUAUCUUGUUUACCACUAGGUAUAAUUAUAUUGAUGGAUCAUCUUUGGAAAGAGGAUCUCCAGAAAUGGAACUGGUUCCCCCUUGUAGGCUUUUUUUUGUGCUCGGUGGAACUUUAUAAGUGGUCUUCGUGGGCUUAUUAUCAGGGUCUUUUUCGGAUCCUAUGUGCGAUGAAUAUUAUUAUGUUCGAUCUGACUAUCAAACACAUUAAAAAAACGAAAAAAGAGAUAUCUAAAUUUACACAUCGACCAGAUCGGACCCCAGCUUGCCUUACUGUCGAUUUUCAAAAGAUGAUUUCAUAUAUGCGGAUAUUCACCAUUAUGGGCGUGUCUUGGGCUCUAUUACUCGUUGUGAUGGUAGAAUUCAAAGCCAACAUUUGGAAUAUUUUUGUUGUACUAAUCCGAGUGCUCCAUCGGGGAUUAGGUAUCUUAAUAUGUUGUGCUGCUUAUUUUUAA